AUGGCGGAGGCCUACAAGGAGGGACCCAUCGCCAACUUUGCAGAUACCUCCAUGAAGCUUUUUAUCGGGGCAGUCCUUGUAAAAGUCGUGCCCUGGAAAUACGGCAAGAAAAAGGCACGCGAGGGUAUCUUAAAGGUGGUGGGGUGGCUUCCAGGAGCCAUAGCAAACGGUGCGGACACCGUCGGUGAAUGGGCGGCAGCCAUUGGGAAGAUGCUGCACCGGAAGGCAAACGCCAGGCCCGUUGAUGAGGAAGGCCAGGGAGAUCAGGAGAAUGGGGGGAAUUCUGCGGGUCGGGGGUGA